GUGGUGGAGGCGGGAUUUCCCCGCUGACAGAGAAGCGAGCGGAUGGUGAGCGGGCAACCGAGCCCACGUUACCUAUUCUCAAACUGGUCCAUGACUGGCGCCUGACUAUGUUCUCAGGAUGAAGCGCAGACUUGAUGAUCCAGAGGCGGCAGCCUAUCCACCUCAGCCACGCCGAAUUACUGAAGCAUUUGCCCACCAGCAUCGUGUCCUUGCCCCAGCACCUCCUGCAUAUGAACCUCCAUCUGACAACAUGCAGCCCACAGGCAUCCAGUACUCUGUAACACCUGGAUACCAAGUGUCUGCAGUGCCUCAGAGCUCUGGAAGCCAUGGUCAAGCAGCUCUUGCAGCGGUGCAUAACAGUCACCACCACAACACACCUGUACCUGCGCAUGGGGGCCCUGGAGUCCAGAGUCAUACACACUCCACUCCCGCUCCUGCACCUCCACAGGGGCAGCAGUUUCAGAGGCUUAAGGUGGAGGAUGCUCUUUCAUACCUUGAUCAGGUGAAACUGCAGUUUGGUAGCCAGCCCCAAGUCUACAAUGAUUUCUUGGACAUUAUGAAGGAGUUCAAGUCUCAGAGCAUUGACACCCCUGGAGUCAUCAGUCGUGUUUCUCAACUCUUCAAAGGCCACCCAGAUCUAAUUAUGGGCUUCAACACUUUCCUACCCCCUGGGUACAAAAUUGAGGUCCAAACAAAUGAUCUGGUAAACGUUACUACCCCUGGCCAGGUUCAUCAGAUCACACCUCAUGGUUUGCAGCCUGCGGUUCCACAGCCACCUCCCCCUUCUCAACCAUCCACUCAGACCGCCCCUCCUCCUGUGCAUCCUACCCCUCCACCUGCUCCAGCAAAGAUCAGCAAGCCGGUUCCUGCUCAGGCUCACACACCAACCAACCAGCAGAGCACACCUAUGCAGUUUCCAUCCCCUCGCUCACCUCCGGCACAACCUCAUACACCUGGACCUCUAGUACAUGCAACCCCAACCGCAGCUGCAGCCACUCCCACCAUGCAAAACAACCAGCCUGUGGAGUUCAACCAUGCCAUUAACUAUGUGAACAAAAUUAAGAACCGCUUCCAGGGACAGCCUGACAUCUACAAAGCCUUUUUGGAGAUUCUGCACACUUACCAGAAAGAGCAACGUAAUGCUAAAGAAGCCGGUGGAAAUUAUACCCCAGCCCUAACUGAGCAGGAGGUGUAUGCUCAGGUAGCCAGACUUUUCAAGAACCAGGAGGAUCUGCUGUCUGAAUUUGGCCAAUUCCUGCCUGAUGCCAACAGCUCAGUGCUUUUGAGCAAGACUACAGCAGAAAAAGUUGAGUCUGUGAGGAAUGACCAUGGUGGCACUGUGAAAAAACCACAGCUGAACAAUAAGCAGCAAAGACCCAACCAGAAUGGCUGCCAGAUUCGUCGGCAUUCAGGUCCUGGGGCCACUCCACCUGUCAAGAAAAAACCUAAAAUCAUCCCAAAGGAUCAGUCUAUAACAGAUGCCAACAAGCAUGGGGCAGGUGCAGAGUCCCAGUUUUUUGAUAAGGUCCGAAAAGCUUUGAGGAGUGCAGAGGCAUAUGACAACUUCUUAAGAUGUUUGGUCAUCUUUAACCAGGAGGUCAUCUCCCGAACUGAACUAGUCCAGUUGGUGUCUCCUUUCCUUGCGAAGUUCCCAGAACUGUUCACUUGGUUUAAAAACUUCCUUGGCUACAAAGAAUCCUCUCAUAUGGAGUCCUUCCCCAAAGAGCGUGCGACUGAGGGUAUUGCCAUGGAGAUAGAUUAUGCCUCUUGCAAGAGGCUGGGCUCCAGCUACAGGGCACUACCUAAAAGCUUCCAACAGCCCAAAUGCACAGGCAGAACACCACUCUGCAAAGAGGUUCUAAAUGACACCUGGGUGUCUUUUCCUUCUUGGUCAGAAGACUCCACUUUUGUCAGCUCAAAGAAGACACAGUAUGAAGAGCACAUUUAUCGAUGCGAGGAUGAGCGAUUUGAGCUGGAUGUUGUACUGGAGACCAAUCUUGCUACCAUACGUGUUUUGGAGGCUAUCCAGAAGAAACUUUCAAGGCUAUCUGCAGAGGAUCAGGCCAAAUUUCGUCUCGACAACACUCUAGGGGGAACAUCUGAGGUCAUUCACCGAAAAGCCCUGCAAAGGAUAUAUGCUGAUAAAGCUGCAGAUAUCAUUGAUGGCCUGAAAAAGAACCCUGCAGUAGCUGUCCCCAUUGUGUUAAAAAGGUUGAAAAUGAAAGAGGAGGAGUGGCGGGAAGCCCAGCGUGGGUUCAAUAAAAUCUGGCGGGAGCAAAACGAGAAAUAUUACCUGAAAUCGCUAGACCACCAGGGAAUAAACUACAAACAGAUUGACACGAAGGUGCUUCGUUCAAAGAGCCUGCUCAAUGAGAUUGAGAGUAUUUAUGAUGAGCGUCAAGAGCAAGCGUCGGAGGAGAACUCCGGGGUUCCAACCGGGCCUCACCUAACACUGUAUUAUGAGGAUAAACAAAUUUUGGAGGAUGCUGCCUCUCUCAUAAUUCAUCAUGUGAAGCGACAGACUGGUAUCCAAAAGGAGGACAAGUACAAAAUUAAACAAAUUAUAUACCAUUUCAUCCCAGAUUUGCUCUUCUCUCAAAGAGGAGAACUUUCUGACAUUGAGGAGGAAGAAGAGGAAGAGACAGCAGAGACUGAUGAUGGGGUUACCAAAAAACAUAAUGGGGUGGGUGGUGUUGGGGGGACUAGCCCGCCAAAAGCCAAGCUGAUGUUUGGAAAUACUACCGCACAGAAACUCCGUGGGGUGGAGGAUGCCUACAAUCUGUUUUACGUGAACAAUAACUGGUACAUCUUUCUACGCCUGCACCAGAUUCUGUGCUCUCGCCUCCUACGCAUAUACAACCAAGCAGAGAGGCAGGUGGAGGAGGAGAUGAGGGAAAGGGAAUGGGAGAGAGAAGUGCUGGGUCUUAAGAGGGACAAGAAUGACAGCCCCGCCAUCCAGUUGCGGUUGAAAGAACCAAUGGACAUUGAAGCUGAAGAUUACUACCCCGCGUUUUUAGAUAUGGUUCGGAACCUGCUGGAUGGGAAUAUGGACUCCAACCAGUAUGAAGACUCCUUGAGGGAGAUGUUCACAAUCCAUGCCUUCACUGCCUUUACAAUGGAUAAAUUGAUCCAGAGCAUAGUCAGGCAGCUCCAACACAUAGUGAGCGAUGAGAUAUGCGUGCAAGUGACAGAACUCUACCUUUCUGAGAGCAACUGCAAUGCCACGGGAGGCCUUCUGUCUACUCAGUCUUCCCGCAGCACAGGAGAGACGAACUACCAGCGCAAAGCCGAGCAGCUAAUGUCCGACGAGAACUGUUUCAAGCUGAUGUUCUCCCAGAAUCAUGGCCAAGUCCAAUUGACAAUUGAACUGCUGGACACUGAGGAAGAUAACUCAGAUGACCCAGCGGAGACCGAGCGAUGGUCAGAUUAUGUGGAGAGAUACAUGAACUGUGACUCCACUUCCCCAGAGCUCAGAGAGCACCUUGCACAGAAGCCUGUAUUCUUACCCAGGAACCUGCGCAGAAUCCGAAAGUGUCUGAAGGGCCGCGAGCAACAGGAGAAGGAUGUGACUGGAAAGCGGACGCUGGAGAACUUGGAGAGUCUGGACAAGCUACAAUGCAAAUUCAAGCUGAACUCCUACAAGCUGGUGUAUGUCAUAAAGUCUGAGGACUACAUGUACCGUCGCACAGCCCUGCAGCGGGCACAGCAGUCCCACGAGCGAGUCAGCAAGAGGCUGCACCAGCGCUUCCAGUCCUGGCUAAACAAAUGGAACCUGGAGCAUGUUAGCCGAGAGAUGGCGUCCGAUACCAGAAAAUGGCUGAUGGGAGAAGGAGUUGAUGGCAUGGUACCCUGCGUCACAACCAGAGACUCUGAGACGCUGCACUUUGUGGAAAUUAACAAGUACAGAGUCAAGUAUGGACCAGCCUUCAAAAGCCCAUAAAGAUAGCAUCUUUUGAAGCAUGCUUCUCUGGUGGACUUAAGCCAAGGCAUGUGGGGACUUGGACAGCAGGGUCUGCUGCAUAAACCGGAAAGCUUAUUUGCAGGAACAUUGGUGAAUUACAAUCACAAUUUGAGGUUCUUGGUCAUCUCUUCUGCAAGUGCAAGCCCUGAUAACAUGUCAAGGAAUUUAGUGUUACUGAAAGUCUCCUGCCAGCUACCCUUACCACGUAGUCCAAGCAGAUCUGCCCUAAUCCCCUUUGUGUAAAUAAAAAUGUAAAUAACGUCAGCAGGUCCCUCCACACAUCUCUUGGCAUCCUAUUUUAUAGCUCUCGCUGUCUUAGUUUAACCCUUUGUUAGUUAUCUUUGUAACUGUGGGUCGGGGGGCAUCUUAGGAACCACCAUCUCCUUUAUUACAAUUUCUACCAAAGGGAGUCUAUUGAGAAAUGUGGUUUUUAGUAUGUAUAUAUGUCUCUCAUAUAUAUCACAUUCUAUCCUCCUCACCUCCUAGAUAUAGUCAAAGUCUGUCUUAUUUUCAGUUUUUCUUUUCUGUCCUCUGACCCCCCCUUUUUUUUUUAAAGUGUAAAUAAAGUAAAGGUUUGUUA